AUUUCGGUACGGGCGUACGGCCCACGUUGGGCCUGGGCUAACUGGCAGGAGACCCGUCCGCGGAGGUUACGAGACGGACUCGACGGAUCGAUUCCGAGUCUCUCCCUGAAUCCGACCGGAGCAGAGCUCCUCCCCUCCGCGUUUAUUUAUAGAUCGGGCGACCACGCCGCCUCCUCGAAAGCUCGGGUUCCAUAGCGAUUGCGAAGAAAUCUCAUUGCAAUUGCCACAAGCAUUGAAGAUUUCCGGCGCGAAGGUUUUCGCCGACGAUGGCCGGUGGGGAAGAUGCGCUCAAGUCGUGCACCUGCAGAAGCGUGGAGGCGGAGGGGGUGACCGGUGAGGGGAAGGUGAUGGAGGCGUGCUCCGCCAAGGGGAAAGCGGAGGAGGUGGUGUCCGGCGGCCAGGUGCUGGGUGCGAUGAAGGAGCGCACAACUAGGAGGAAAGCGGAGGAGGCGUGUAGUUGUGCGGUGGUGGCGACCGCCGUCGCAAAAGCAGAGGAUGCGGCGGGCGGCGCGGUCGAGAAGCAUCCGGAGGAGGCGUGUAGUUGUGCGGUGGUGGCGACCGCCGUCGCAAAAGCAGAGAAUGCGGCGGGCGGCGCGGUCGAGAAGCAUCCGGGGCCGAAAAACCGGAUGUCGAAUAGCGACAUCCGGUGGUUCCUGGCUCACAAGCCAAUGGCUGGGCCGCGCCACUACCGGGCCCUGAAGGAGAGCAACCCGGAUCUGAAGCCGUUGCCGGGGGAGGAGAUGGACGAGUCGAGGGAACGUCUGUACUUUAUGACCAAGGCGUUCUACGAGAUGGAGGAGAAUUACCCCAAGAUGCAGGCGUGGAUUCGUGAGGAGCUGAAAACCAAGGGCUACGUCGAGGUCGACGACGACUGGGUCAGGGGCAGGGCCGAGGCAAAGGCAGCUGUGGAAGAGGCAUGGAAGAAAAUUGAUGCUAUGCUCCUAUCGGAGACUGAGGAGGAAGACGACGACGACGACGACGAAAGCGACUAUGAUGACGACGAUGAGUUUUAGAGGAGGCGGCUUUCAGUUUUUGCCACUUAACUGGAGCGGCUCUAUCAAAACGCCACUAAAUUCGUAUGCAAUUCAGAUUUUGCUAUUGAGGAGUAGAUGGUGCUGCAGGGAGUCCUGAGGAGAAGAAGAUGGUGCUUCAGGGAUGCAUUUUUGGUCAGAUUGCGUGCACUGGAAAUCGGAAAGGAGGAAACAGUUUCUCAAAGUGGCAUGGAAUGAAAGGAUAUGCAUACCUGGCGGCAAAUUGAAUUGCAUACAAAUUUAGUGGCAUUUUGGUAGAGGCGCUCCAAUUGAGUGGCAAAAACUGAGAUAUCCCUAAUCUGAGAUGAGGAUAUUUAACUAGCUGCACAUUUAUGUUAUCUAUUCUACCUAUCUAUCUUUUAUAUAUGCUUCCAGUAUGUUGGGCAUAGAAUCUAGUUAAUUGUGAUCCAGGACGUUUGUUAUAAGUUAUGCUCCGUUAAAUGCCGUGUCAUGUAUUAUACUAAUUUACUUAGUCUCU